GAGCGCCGGCGUCGCGGCGGAGGCUGCAAAGGAAGCUCGGUGGCCGUGGCCGCUGUGAGCAGGCCGGACACCUCCUCACUGUCUGGGGUUCCCUAGAGCUGGCGAAGGCGGGGCCUUAGUCUGAGCUGCGGCAGUAUCUGAACCCACGGUGGGGCAGGUGCCGGCAGCGAGCGACGUAGCUGCAUCAAGAUCUCAUUAUGCAUCAGAAAAAUGAAAAAACAGAAGAAAAUUUUAUGGAGGAAAGGAAUCCAUUUAGCCUUUUCUGAGAAAUGGAAUACUGGAUUUGGAGGCUUUAAGAAGUUCUGCUUUCACCAACACUUGUGCAUUCUGAAAGCCAAAUUGGGAAGGCCAAUUAUUUGGAGCAGGCAGCUGAGGCAUUUCCAUUGCAGAAAGAAGGCCCUUCAAAUCCAGAAGACAUGGAUCCAGGAUGCACCUUUUUUUGCUAAGGCAAAGUCCAGUGUGGCUUCUCAGAAUGUUAGUACUUUGCCCUCUAAAGUGAAAAGAAAAGACUCUAAACACUUCAUUUCCUCCUCAAGGACCCUCCUGAAACUCCAAGCAGAGAGGCUGCUAUCAUCAACAAAGAACUCUGACCAUGAAUACUGUGGAGAUAAAAGUCUCUUGAAGGCGGUUGCUGACUUACCAGCAAAUAGUGUUUUAGGUCAGGUCAGUGGUCACAGACCUAGGACGGAGCCACAAGCUUCUGACUUUCCCAUGAAGUUCAAUGGGGAGAGCCAAAGUCCAGGUGAGAGUGGCACAAUUGUGGUCACCUUGAGCAACCAUAAGAGAAAGCGCUUUUGUUAUGGCUGCUACCAAGGGCUGGAGCACCACAGGAAUGGGGGACCCCUGAUUCCAAAAAAGUUUCAACUUAACCAACAUAGAAGAAUAAAAGUAUCUCCUCUUAUGAUGUAUGAGAAAUUAUCCAUGAUUAGAUUUCGGUACAGGAUUCUCAGAUCCCAGCACUUCAGAACAAAAAGCAAAGUUUGCAAGCUAAAAAAAGCCCAGCGAAGCUGGGUGCAGGUCACUGGGGACCAUCAAGAGACCCUUAGGGAAAACAGUGAGGGUGGCAGUUGCAGCCCAUUCCCUUCCCCAGAACCUAAAGACCCUUCUUGUCGGCAUCAACCGUACUUCCCAGAUAUGGACAGCAAUGCUGUGAUGAAGGGAAAGAACUCUCAUGUGCCUGAUGGCCACACUAAAGGAAGCCCUUUCUUGGGCAAGGAGCUUAGUUUAGAUGAAGCAUUCCCUGACCAACAGAAUGGUAGUGUCACAUACACCUGGGACCAGUCACCCUGUUCUCCUAAGUGGGAGUGUACAGAGCUGAUUCAUGAUAUCCCCUUAUCAGAACAUGAUUCUAGUAACAUGUUUAUCUCAGAAAACGAAAGAGAAGUUAUGACUCUGGGUCAGGAAAAUCGGACAAGUACUGUCAGUGAUGACAGAGUAAAACUGCCCAUGUCUGGGGCAGGUCAGUCUGUGAGUGAUGUAGAUGGGCCUGUGUCCGAAAAGACUGAGAGCUCAUGCCAGAUGGAUGAGGAUGGAUCUCUCAAGCAGAACAUUCUUAGUUCUAAGUUGCUGGACCACCCUUACUGUAAAAGUCCACUGGAGGCUCCUCUGACAUGCAGUGGACUCAAACUCGAAAAUCAAGCAGGAGGUGGGAGGAACAGUCAGAAAGCAUCUCCCGUGGAUGACGAACAGCUGUCAAUCUGCCUUUCUGGAUUCCUAGAUGAGGUUAUGAAGAAGUAUGGCAGUUUGGUCCCACUCAGUGAAAAAGAUGUCCUUGGAAGACUAAAAGAUGUCUUUAAUGAAGACUUUUCUAAUAGAAAACCAUUUAUCAAUAGAGAAAUAACAAACUAUCGGGCCAGGCAUCAAAAAUGCAACUUCCGCAUCUUCUACAAUAAGCACAUGCUGGAUAUGGAUGAUCUGGCAACUCUGGAUGGUCAGAAUUGGCUGAAUGACCAGGUCAUUAAUAUGUAUGGUGAGCUGAUAAUGGAUGCAGUCCCAGACAAAGUUCACUUCUUCAACAGCUUUUUUCAUAGACAGCUGGUAACCAAAGGAUAUAAUGGAGUAAAAAGAUGGACUAAAAAGGUGGAUUUGUUUAAAAAGAGUCUUCUGUUGAUUCCUAUUCACCUGGAAGUCCACUGGUCUCUCAUUACCGUGACACUCUCUAAUCGAAUUAUUUCAUUUUAUGAUUCCCAAGGCAUUCAUUUUAAGUUUUGUGUAGAGUGUAUUCCACAACAGAAAAAUGACAGUGACUGUGGAGUCUUUGUGCUCCAGUACUGCAAGUGCCUCGCCUUAGAGCAGCCUUUCCAGUUUUCCCAAGAGGACAUGCCCCGAGUGCGGAAGAGGAUUUACAAGGAGCUGUGUGAGUGCCGGCUCAUGGACUGAAACUCAGCAGGACUCUGGAAGGUCUGACCAAGUUGAAGCAGAUGGUUUGUUACUUGAAUCUCCAAACACUUAUUUGAAUUUUUACAGGUAUUUCAGAUCAGUGGUGUUGGGCCACUAUUGUUACCUCAAAUUUGUUUUUUGCCCUAUUCAUUUCUCUAGCUACCGUGUACUAUUUUUUAAUGUUCAGUUUGGUUUCAUUUUUAAUUUUAUGGAUUCCGUGUGUUUCCCCCAUAUUUAAUAUUUAUUAUCCAAACGCAUGCAUAUAGACAGAGCAUGCAGUGCAGAGUAUUAAAAAAAAAAAAAAGCCUAGUAGAUUUGGUGCAGCUUUUGAAAUUUACUUAGACGUGAACUGAAUACAGGUUUAAAAUUUAAUCCCAGAACCUAAAAGUGCAGGAUGUUUUUGAUACAACAUAACUUUGAGAAGGAUCGUUGUUCCCUGGGGUGUAAAGGGUAGCUAGGAGUGGUGGUUUUGACAAAGCCAGUCCUGUUUUACCUGCUGCACCUUUCAUGGACUUCCUUCUCCAAAUGAGUCUUGCAGAGUGAAUUGCAUUCCUUUUGAAAGGUGAGAAGUGGCCAAAAUCUGACUGGUGUGUUCUAUUUAUACAAGCACACUUAUAAGUGCAGUGCCUACUUUGGGAGGAGUUGAUUAAAGACAACAGCUUUUGGGGGUGGGGGCGUCCAGUUAUUUUAACACAUGAGAAAAUUUCAAUCUUGGCUUUAAGAAUUACAACAAAUGCCUAAAUCUUAUAAAGGCUUUUGCUGGAACACUGAAUUCUCUGGAUUUAUUAAAAAACAUUAAUAUCCAUCAAACUAGUAGUCAACCACAUGAGAAUUCAGCCUUUCCAAGAGUAAUUUACAAGUUGUCACUACCCUUGUGUUGUCUAAGAUGUGACAAAUACCUUUCUAUUUCAAUGGUGUUUAAAUAUUAAUCUUCAGAACUAAAGACUGACCAGGUCUUUUGCAGAUGGGUGGGGAGAAGAGGAAAAGUAGUAAGACUUGCUUGCACAGGAGCACAGCAGAUGUUACUAGACUUUUUUUGCUCCUACCUCUUUAGUGAUCUCAGCAGCAUGCGGGGCUCCCUCAGUUGGCCUCUUGUUGACCAACCCUGAGACUCCAGAGCUGGAGUCCUUUUUUCACUUCUAUCAACCUCGUCUUCUGGGGAAAAGCAGAAGUGACCCUGUCCUAAUACUUCGCUGCAUUAGGAUUAAAGUAAUGGAUCUUGCAUCUUUAUUCUAGCCUUUUGUGAUAUUUGAAAAGAAAGGAAAUGAGGAAAGAUGCAUGUUAAACUACUCAAUUACCUUUUCUGAACUGGGGCAGAAAAAACAGUAGAGGUGUAUGUAAGCAUCUCAGAAGCUUACACCAAAUACCAAGUAAAUGACAGAAGAUACUUGGAUUUAUGCCUGGUUAGGUGUGGGGUGUUGGAAAUAAAAAGCUAAAACGUGCAGUUAAACUUGGCCAUGAGGUAAGGUUUCCAGCAGUUGAAGGUAGAGUCAGAACAUGUUUACACGGAGGGUUCCCAUCCCCGGACAUUCCAAGCACCAACACCAGUGUUUACAUUGUAAAGAGCCCCAGCAUUCUCCACACUCCUCUAGACUUCGUGUAAAACCAGGUCAGUAUUUCUUACUGUGCUUCAGGUCGCUGAAAGGACUGAGAUCAGAGGCACUUUAUGCUGCUACAGUUAGGCUUGUGUUGUCAGCAUUUGCAAAGAUGACAAUUUAAAGUGAGGAAGAGAUCCUGAGGUUUUCUGACAUUAGCUAAUUAUGCAAACAUGAGAUUUUUUCAAAUCUGCAUGUAAGACAUUUGCCUAAUGGGAGAAGGGGGCAGUUAUGCAGUGGCCAGUAACUAGGCUGUGGAUUCACAGUGUUUUAUACUUUAGAGCUCCAUCUCAUCUCCUCACUGACAACCAGGCACGUAGAAGAGGCAGAACUGUGUUCUGCAUCUUUAAUGCUCAGAAGUGGAGUUGCCGUUUUCCUCCAGUCUGAGAAACGGUCACCUCCUCGGCGCGGAGGCAAGCAGGGGUGCUCAAGAGGUAACUACAGUAAGCUGCCCAAGUCCCGCUUCCCUUUCACUUCCAGCUUCAUAGGGCACCCUUGAGGUGUACUGUCAAGCUUGCUUUUGCCUAAAUGUCAGAUGUUUUAAGUAUGGUUCAAAACGUUCCUCUAUUCAUGAAACUCGGUUUUAGCAUACAGAGUUGCUUUUCCCCCUUGUGAUUAGGUGUAAACCUCUAUUAGCCCAAACCCUACAUCAGAGGGGCCUCUGUCCUGUUUGCAAUAAUUGCUUCUUUGCAACAAAGACAUUUUUUAAAUAUAGUCUGGGCUGCUGGUGGAAGAGACAGGCAUUGUUUUAUUGUCACUAGCUUGGCACUGAAUUGUUUGGGUGCCCACAAAGUGGGCAGACCUUAUGCUUUUGAGGUUGAGUGCAGGCCUUGUACAAACUAAAAGCUGCUUAUGAUGUGCCUUCAAGCUGCCCGGUCCAUCAGCAAAUUACUAGUCUGUUGUUUCUUUCCAGUGAUUUGUCCUUAUGUUAAAUCUGUAGCCAUGAAUGUGGAUUUAAUUCAACUUUUAGUUCUCUUAAGAAGAAAGGGAACCUCUUAAGGAAGUUUCCGGAAAGGAAGCAGUUGCUGCCAAUAAUCCCCACUUUCUGGCUUUGCAUUAUAUUUUCUACUUCUGAGUGACACUGUCAUCUUGGAGUCACGGUUGGAACAAAACAACAGCCCCGACUAGUGGAAGAGCUGCCCUUUUUCUUUGCAGUUGUGUUCACUGCUUCCCCGGGUGAGAAGGGCUGACUGGGAGAGCUCUGGGUGGAUCAGACCCUUCACACGAGAAAAAGUAUGUUAAUAAUAAAUAGUGUGAAUUGAAUAUACUGACUACCUGCUCUGUUUAAUUAUGUUAAGAAACCAAACUAAUCAACAGUUGUAAAGCACCUACUUCUAUUAUGUGCGAGGCUCUGCCUCCUGGCCUAUAGAUAAUUAAGACCUAGGGAAUAUACCGUCAGAGAAAUGCAAAUUGUAUUUGGGUGUUACAAAAACAGGCCUAGAUAAGCUGUUCACUUAAAUGGUACCUUUGGACAGAAAAAGAAUUUAUUUAAAGAUUGUGAUCAUGUAAAAUUACUCAAACCUUCUAGCAAAAAUAUUUUUUUGAAAAAUAAACUAAAUGCCUUUAUAAA